AUGCCCUCCCACACACUUCCCAUCAUCGCCAUCAUAACAGGCACAUUCCUCUCCGGCGCCUCCCUCUCCAACUCCUGGUUCUCCCUGCCCAUCCUCAUCAAGACACUCUCCCCAUUAAACGUAGGAAAUAAACUGCAACACUUCUCCCUCAUGCAAGCCUACGCAGACCCCAUCUUCCCUCUUACUGCUAUCACGACCUCGCUGCUGCACUGGACGUGUUCCUACCGCCGAUGGGCGAGCGACGGUGGGGCGUGGGAAGGUUUCGCAUGGGCAGGGGCGGCGACGUUCUGCAUGAUUCCGUACUCGCUUGUGGUGGUGUUUCCGACGGUGUGGAAGAUCGAGGCGGUGCAGAGGAAAGUGGAAAAGACCGAAUCGGAUGGGGAGGAUAAGUGGAUGGAUGCAGAGGUAGAGGAGGCGAGAGUGCUGCUACAGAGGUGGAAUGCGCAGCAUGUAGUGAGGGGGUUUAUGCCCUUGAUAGGGGCCUUGAUUGGUGUGAGGGCAUUGUCGGGGGAGUUGGGCGCUUGA